AAAAGAUUGUUGUCCACCAUUGUUUUUUGUGCCGUUUAUCCUUGUUUUCGUUGCGGGUGACUUUGAGCCAAUUCCAUCUGAUUUGAGCAAGAGGCGGAGUGCACUCUGGACUGGUCGCUCGGCAUCAAAGCAAAGUGCGGGGUCACGUGCUGUAAACGCCCUAAACGUCCGCCAAUCGACGCUAAAGCCUUCCACGAUGCCGGGCGCCAAUUGGCUGAAAAAGAAGAGCUUGAACCGGUACACAAACAAGGUUUUCUUCCUAUUGUGUGUGGCGCCUGGAUUACGCUGUCAUUUCCACUUGACGGGUUUUUGAUCGGUUUAACUGCACCGCAUGGCAAUGGAGAAUCACAUUCAGGGCGACCGAGAUGACUUAUUCGCCGGCUUCCAUCCGGCCUUCCAAUCUUUCGCCACCGACGCCAUCCACGUUGGUCAGGAGCCGGAGCAGUGGAACUCCAGGGCCGUGGUGCCGCCGAUAUCGAUGGCGACCACGUUCAAACAGACCGAACCCGGAAAGCACUCCGGGUAUGAAUACAGCCGCAGUGGAAACCCUACAAGAAACUGUCUUGAAAAGGCUGUGGCAGCGCUGGAUGGGGCAAAGUACUGCGUUGCUUUGGCUUCAGGGCUCGCUGCCACAGUGACCAUCACUCACAUGUUGAAAGCAGGAGAUGGAAUCGUCUGCAUGGAUGAUGUUUACGGAGGUACAAACCGCUACUUCCAAAGAGUUGCUGCUGAAUUUGGGCUGCAGAUCACCUUAGUUGAUUGUACCAAACUAGAACAACUGAAGGCGGGUCUGAAGCCCAACACUAAAAUGGUUUGGAUCGAGACGCCCACCAAUCCCACUAUGAAGGUCGUCGACAUUAGGGCCUGUUCCAACUUGGUGCACGAUCAUAACAAAGACAUCCUGGUCGUAGUGGACAACACCUUCAUGUCUGCCUACUUUCAGCGCCCUUUGUCUCAGGGAGCAGAUGUUUGUAUGUACUCAGCCACCAAAUAUAUGAACGGUCACAGUGACGCAGUUAUGGGCCUGGUGUCAGUCAACCGAGAGGAUGUCUAUGACCGCUUGAAGUUUCUACAGAAUGCUCUAGGGGGUGUGCCAUCCCCUUUUGACUGCUUUCUUGUCAACCGUGGACUGAAGACAUUGCAUCUGCGCAUGGAGUGCCACUUUAAGAAUGCCAUGGCCACAGCCAAGUUUCUCGAGGCUGAUUCCAGAGUGGAGCGUGUCAUCUACCCAGGUCUGCCCUCUCACCCGCAGUAUGAAGUGGUAAAAAGACAAUGCACAGGAUGUUCUGGAAUGAUUACCUUCUACAUUAAAGGGAAACUCCAACAUGCCAAGGCCUUCCUCAAGAGUCUCAAAGUGUUUUCAGUAGCUGAGAGUCUUGGUGGUUAUGAAAGUUUAGCAGAACAUCCGGCAAUUAUGACUCAUGCGUCGGUGCCCGAGAAGGAGAGAGCCAUUUUGGGCAUUAGUGACACCCUGAUCCGACUCUCUGUGGGAUUGGAGGACGAGGCUGACAUCAUUGGAGAUCUGGAUCAAGCGCUUGCUGCCGCUGCUGCUGUUGCUGAUAAUCCACUGAAGAAUUAAACUUGUCUGCAGGGGUUUUUCUUAGCGAUGAAGGGCGCUUAAAGAAAGAGUUGGAUGUUUUGGAGACAAGAUUCUAGAGAGCAGACUUUGAUGGUUUGGACAUGUUCAGAGGCGAGAGAGUGAGCAUAUUGGUGGAAGGGUGCUGAGGAUGGACCUGCCAAGCAAAAGAGCGAGAGGAAGACCAAAGAGAAGGUUUAUGGAUGUGGUGAGGGAAGACAUGAGGGCAGUUGGGGUUAGAGAGGAAAGAUGCAGGAGAUAGGCUAAGAUGGAAAAAGAUGACACGCUGUGGCGACCCCUAACGGGACAAGCCGAAAGGAAAAGAAGUUCCAGACAGUUCCAGUUAUUGUGACAUGUUUGCAAAGUUCCCUGGGUUCACAUCACUAUAUUCAGCUUAUACUAUAUUCAGGGAACUCGCUUGCUAAUUUGAUUAGUAGUGAUAUUAAAUGGGAAUUGCUUUAUAUUUGAACCUGCGUUAGCUUUUCAAUUUUAGCUGUCGUAUCAUUGUAGUAAACCUAUGAAGCUUUCAGACGUAAAAGCAAAUAUUUCCAUUUUUGUUGUUUCUGUAGAUUCUUUGAUUUAUGAUUGCUACAUCUGAAUCUCACAGUAUAAUAAAGCUUUUAUCUAUUUUCUA